AUGAAGUACUUCACCGACACCUUCCUCUUCUAUCAACUCGCCGCAACUGCUAUUGUUGGCGGCUACAACCUGCUUGGUGUGUACCGUCUGUACCAAGCGGGUUCUCCCCUUGUUCAAUUUGGACUCUCUGGACUGCCGAUAAUGUUUGCAAUGGCUGGCGGAAUUCUUAACAUGGUAAGAUUGAGUGAACAGAAGUAGAACACUUGUACCGUUGUUGUAGGCGCAUCAGAUCGAGCAUCAUCAGCGGCAAUAA